AAAUGAGCGGGGUCCCAUAAGCGAGCGUGGGCAGCGGGUCUCCGAGACAAAAUCCAUUGUCUCGGCCAGAAGAUGGGGCAUCCUCCCCUGGAGUUCUGUGACUGCUACAAGGACAGUCCGGACUUCAGAGAGACUCUCAAGUGCUAUGAAUUAGAGCUGGAGAGGACCAGCAAAUUCCUGAAAGAGUUGAUAAAAGAUGGCAACAGUGUAAUUAAUGCAAUCAAAGGCUAUUCCUUGGCGGUGCAAAAGUUUUCCCAGACACUCAGCGCAUUCCAGUUUGACUUCAUUGGUGACUCCCUGACAGAUGAUGAGGUCAACAUCGCUGAGUCAUUCCAGGAGUUUGCUGGCCUCCUCCAGGAAGUGGAGCACGACAGGAUGAUGCUGGUUCAGAACGCAUCGGAUCUGCUCAUCAAACCCCUGGAGAAGUUCAGGAAGGAGCAGAUAUCUGCAACUAAAGAAAAGAAGAAGAAGUUCGAGAAGGAGAGUGAGAAAUAUUACUCCCAAUUAGAGAAACAUUUGAGUAUUUCUGCCAGGAAGAAGGACAGUCAGCUUCAGGAGGCGGAUGAGCUUGUGGAAAAAGAGCGGCAGAAUUUUUAUGAAUCUUCAGUGGAGUAUGUGUACCAGAUCCACCAAGUACAGGACAGGAAGAAGUUUGACGUUGUCGAGCCGGUUCUGGCGUUUCUUCACAGCAUAUUGACGCUCAAUAACUUGACAGUGGAGAUGACUCAGGACUUCAUGCCUUACAAGCAAGAGCUGCAGCUCAGCUUGCAGAACACGAGGAACCACUAUGAGAGCACGUGUGAGGAGUUAGAGGAUCUGAUGAAAAGGGUGAAGCACCCGUCCUACAUCUCUAAAAUGCAAAACUUUUUUCCGAUGGAGGGUUUUCUGUUUUGCCAGGAGAAGCGCGCUCUGGGAGCAUCAUGGGUUAAAUAUUAUUGCAAGUAUAUCAAGGAGAAAAAGCAUCUGAUCAUGGUGCCCUGUGAACAGAGGCCUUCAGUGAAACAGAGCCCGACGAUUCUUACUCUGAAGUCCUGCAUCCGCCGGAAGACUGAGUCCAUUGACAAGCGCUUCUGCUUCGACGUGGAAACCGUCGAGAGAAACGCACCCGUCACGUUCCAGGCUCUUGCGGACGGGGACAGGAAGUUGUGGAUGGAAGCCAUGGAUGGGAAAGAACCUAUUUAUCAUUCCCCAAUUCAGAAGCAAGCUGAAAUGGAGCUCAAUGAAACUGGAUUUAAAUUUGUGCAGAAAUGCAUCAACUGCAUUGAAACUGAAGGAGUCACACAGGAAGGAGUGUACAGAACAGUUGGCAGCAACAUCCAAGUGCAGAGGCUUUUAAAUGCCUUCUUUGAUUCUACAUCCUCAACAGAUGUGAACCUUCACAGCAGCGACUGGGAAGUUAAAACCAUUACAAGCGCUUUAAAGUUUUAUUUGAGGAGUCUGUCUGAACCCUUAAUGACCUACGAUCUGCACAGAGACCUCAUUUGUGCAGCAAAAUCAGAUAAUCCAGACGUUCGGCUCAGUGAAAUUCAUUCACUCACCUACAAACUUCCAGGGAAGAACCGGCAAAUGCUGGAGCUCCUGAUUAAUCACUUGGGGAAGGUGUGCAGCCACAGUGAUGAAAACCUGAUGACUCCCUCCAACAUGGCAGUCGUCUUUGGGCCCACGCUCAUGAGAGCAAAGGAGGAGACGGUGGCGGCCAUGCUUGACAUCAAGUUCCAGAAUAUUGUGGUUGAGAUUCUGAUUGAGGAUUAUGAAAAGAUCUUCAGUGGCUUGCCGGGGGACAGCGCAGCACCACCCAUUCCUCCCCCGCGGAUCAACCCCAGAAAGCGGCAGCCCAUCACCAUCUCCAAGCGGGCCGCUCGUGUUUAUCAAGCUCUUAGUCACGAUCGCUUUGAGCACACAGAGAAUGGGCAAAAUUACACCUCCACCGUGGAUGGGGAUGCCUCCACCAACCCUGCUCCCCAGAAGCGGACCAAAGUUGGAAGCCACGCUUCGCCCGUUCCAACAGAGCUUCCUCUGAGGCAAGCGGCUAUGCCCAGACCAGCAAACCGUCAGGACAAACCAGCUGACUCUGAUCUCAUAAAGAUCUGCAAUGCAAGGCUGAAGCCAGAUACGUCUUUGGCAGCAAACGGCGAGUCUGCAGCCUUCGUGAACAGGGUUCCAUCAUUUCAGAGCAAGAAGCCGCUAGCAAAAGGGGACUCUGACGGUUUGAAUAAGACAAAAUCCACAGAGAAACCGGUCAUCUGCAGACCCCCAGUCCGGCCUCCGGAGCCCCCCAACAGAAGCCCUGUUACACAAAAGCUUGCAGCUGCAGCCAGCAGUGAGGCAACCAUCACAUCUUACGUUGCAUCAAAAACCAAGUUUUUCGAAAAUGCAUCCAGGCAGGUUGGCAGCCCCCUGGCCUCUCCAUCACCAUCAGGGGGGAAGAAAAAUUAAGAAAAGGAGAGUUACGGCGCUGCCACCCUGGCCCAGGUGUACAUUAAACUGAAGGUGGACACGACUUUCUAACUUGUUAGAGACUGAGGAAGCACCCCUCUGUUAUAUAUGAAAAACAGGAUUUACUUGAUUCGGUUUGAGUUAAUCUGUGGUAAGAAAAUUGCUGUGGGGUAACGGCAACAAGCAGGACUGGAGAAGGUGUCGAGUUCUGGCUGAGAUCCUUACUCCAAAGUCAAACGGGAAUAUUUUCCUUUUGAACUUUAACUCAAACCCAACUUCAGAACUGAUACUUUUAUUGGUUUUAAAAAUGUGUGAUCUAUUUUUUUUUUGGGUCCAGAUUAACUAUUAAUUCAUAACUUAACAGUUAAAACUGUUAAAUCCUGACCCUAUAAAAGAGUAACCACAGUGUUGACGUAUGUUUAAAAAAAACUGAACCUAUGUGUUUUUAAAAAUCGAAUGAACACACAGAUGGAAAAGUUAUUGCUUAAAUAUUUUUAACAACAUGCUUGCCAAAAACAAUGAAACCAAUUUUUAACAAUAUAGGGUAUUAAAAGUUGUUUUGGUUUGAAACUCCAGCCAGUUUAACUUCAAUUUACCCAUGAUGCUUUUAAAUGUACUUCUUUACCUAAUCCCGGUAUGUGACGACACUCCAAUGUUUUGUUUUAGUGUCUGUAUGUAAUUAUUCUGCUGUUGAAAUGCUUAAACACACACAACUUGUUUGUUUUUUCGAGAAAAAUAAACAAAGGAAGGAGUUUAUUAAAAUGAUUUGAAAGUAUUUCUUUAAAGAGUGCUUUGAUUAAAACUGACUGGACAGUGUGUAGUAUCUUAUUGAAAGACAUGCUCCGAUCAUCUUUUGAUCUAUUGUAAAGUGUUCCCACUGAUCUUUAUCUAUUAUGAUGAUUAGCCAAAAUAAAAUAAAAAACAUUCUCAGAAAAAUGCCACAAGAAUAUAUUAAAAACUCCCAAAACACCA